AAGCAUAAGGGUAUAUAUGUAAUUUAGUUGGGUUAGUUUGGAUAGGAAAUAGGAUAAGUUUAGAGGUAAGGGGAAAGGAAGAGGUUUAGAUUUUGACAGAGAGAGCUCAGAGCUGCUCGCUUGCUCCUCCUCCGAGUCUGAAAGAACUAAACUCACAUUUUUCCAAUUCUUCAAUUUCAUUAAUGGCUUCUGCAACUACUCUCUCACUGUGUUCUUCUCUCACUGCUCAAUGCAAAAUCUCACAGAAAUGGCGUACCCACCCUCCCCUCUCCAAUCCUAAUCUCACAUUUCUCUCUCUUUCUUAUCCAAACCUCUCUUCCUCCACUCUCUCUCACCGUAUCCAUUCCCCACUUCCCCCUAAAGCCUCUUUGUCUGAGUCUUCGAUUUUAGAGACCGCCGAGCUCGACGCACCUAACACUGAUGACGCCAAAAUCGUCGAGGUCUCCUCAGAGGAGCUACAAGUCGAUACUUCGGAAGAACUAGCUCCCAAGCGUGAGGAAAUCUUCGCGGUGGUUAUGAUAGGAUCGCGCCAGUACAUUGUUUUUCCUGGACGGUGGAUCAAUACUCAAAGACUUAAAGGUGCCAAUGUUGAUGAUAAGAUUGUUCUGAAGAAGGUUCUGCUUGUGGGAACAAAAACAAGUACCUACAUUGGCAAGCCAGUGGUGACAAAUGCUGCUGUGCAUGCGGUAGUUGAAGAACAGGCAUUAGAUCGCAAAGUAAUUGUCUUUAAGUACAAGAAGAAGAAGAACUACAGGAGAAAUAUUGGCCACCGGCAGCCAAUUACACGGAUAAGGAUAACCGGCAUCACAGGAUAUCAAGAUUAUCCUGCUGUCACACUCGACUCGUAGGAGCUAUGGAGGAUGGUGUAUGAUGAGAAAAUAUGAAAAUUUUAUGAAGGAAAUUUUUGUAAUCCCUUUUGUUUGUAAGAUAUCUUUGAUUGAAUUUCAAUUUUAACAGUGACUUUUAGUUCA